CUGACUUUCACAAGCUUUCUGCCUCUCCAGCUAGUGUCAUUUAUGCCAGGAAAAUAUCUCUUAGAGGGUAUUCCAAAGAAUAUCACACAUUUUUUCAGCAUCUCAUCAAGUGAAUCAACAGUCUGUGAUUCAAAGGAGCUCAGUCCGCUCAUGGCCAACCCUGUACCCGAAACAACAACAGACCCGAAGAAGCAGCCUUCCUCCGAGAAGAAUGACCAGCACCCACCAGGGAACGCAGCAUGUCUGAAGGGCAUCAAGGCAAAGCUCUUCAAAGGGGUGUCUUACUUUGCCGGCGAUAUGAGGGUCUAUGGAGAAUGGAUGAAAGGGCAGUUCCUCCUGUUCCAGAUCUUGGACUGGGUUCUUCGUGGUGCUGCCCAGGUCAUGUUCGUCAACAACCCCUUGAGCGGCCUAAUCAUUUUCGCCGGGCUGAUUCUCCAGAACAGGUGGUGGGCACUCAACGGUUUCGUAGGCACUCUGUUUGCCACCAUCUCUGCCCUCAUUCUGCAACAAAACAGGGGCGCCAUCGCAGCUGGUCUGUAUGGAUACAAUGGCAUCCUGGUUGGUCUUCUCAUGGCGGUUUUCUCAAAUGCAGGAAACUGGUACUGGUGGCUGCUGCUCCCAAACAUCUUCAUGUCAAUGGCAUGCCCCAUAGUGUCAAGUGCCCUGGCAUCAAUCAACAGUCGCUGGGAUCUGCCCGUCUUCACCCUACCGUUCAACAUUCUUGUCUGUCUGCACAUGGUGGCCACCGGUCACUACAAUCACCACUUCCCCCAGGUGCUCAUCCAGCCCCGCUCUUCUCUUCCCAACAUCACCUGGUCGGAGGUGGAUGUAGCCAAGCUCUUCCAGUCCAUUCCUGUGGGAAUAGGUCAGGUGUACGGAUGUGACAACCCGUGGACAGGAGGCAUUUUCAUCAUUGCUUUGUUCAUCUCCUCUCCCAUCACGUGCGCGCAUGCAACCAUUGGCUCUGCUGUUGGCAUGGUGUCAGGUCUGGCUCUUGCCGCACCCUUCGAGAACAUCUAUUUUGGACUGUGGGGUUACAAUUGUGUGUUGGCUUGCAUCGCCAUCGGAGGAAUGUUUUACGCCCUCACCUGGCAGGUUCAUCUCCUGGCUAUUACAUGUGCAUUUUUCUGUGCAUAUCUGGGCUCGGCCAUCGCAAACAUCAUGUCAAAUUUUGGGCUUCCUGCCUGCACGUGGCCCUUCUGCCUGUCCGCCCUGACCUUCCUGCUGAUCACCACGGAGACGGCCAAGAUUUUCAAGCUCCCGCUGGCCAAGGUGACGUACCCCGAGAAGAAUCUGCACUACUUUUGGAAAAUGAAGAAGGCCGAGAAAGCCGAGAAGCUCAAGAAGGAGCAGGAGGAGAAGGAGCUGGAGGAGAAGAAAGAGGGGGAGAAGUCGGAGAAAGAGGAAGCGUUUAGACUCGAAAUGGAAAAGAUUGAGACAGUCAUGUCUGACGCAUGCACAGUGACCAUGGAAGAGAUAGAAGACGCUCUAACAGAUAACCCAACGAGCGUGGCUGAUGAUACGAAUGAUAAAGACGCUGUGGAAGACUUGCAUCAGCAGAAUAUCUAAAUCUGACGGCUACAUCAAGGCCUCGUUUUUUUUUUCAGCAUGUCAUGGCAGAUGUACUCUGGACAUUUUGUAGAAUUUUAGUUCUCCAAUCAAAAACAUUUGUCCAAGACUAGGCUUUACUCUGGUGGGACAAUGGCCUGAAAGUAUUACUAAUGUAACAAUUCUCUCUGCACUCCACAACAGCUUAAUUAUUUUUAGGUUUAACGGUCAUUAAUAAGAAUAAUGAUGAUAAUAAUAGUACAUUGCUGGUAUCUUUCUUUAUGGUAAUCACAACUGUUCAUAAAUGUAUAGCAGCAUAGCUUUCUUUCUGUAGUGAAACGAGAGGGGGAAUGGGGUAGCUUUCAUCUUUACACAUCCAUUACACACUUCCCUGAGCUUGACAGGAGUUCAGUGUCACGUUGAAUGUGGGCAUGAUGGACUCGACAACAGAACAGUUAAAGACCCUGUGACAUGCGUAUGCCUUUCCUGUCAGCAGAAACGAAUGGUCUGCAGAGUGGCUAAGACCCACACAAGGGCAGGUCAUGUAAUCCACAGGAUUAGCUGUGCACAAAUGUAGGAAAUAGUUUAAAAGUUGAACUUGAUGGGGCAGGGCAUGUUUUACAGUGAGGGUGAAGUGCUAUGCCAAGGUUGUGUCACAAUGCUGCAGGUUCACUUGUGACCGAGACAUACCUAGAUUGCAUGCACUUCAUACUGGUCAAUUUCAAGAUUGAAUGGGUUGAUGGAAACCCCGUUUUGCGAUGAGGCGAUAAGGGCGUGACUAACUUCAAGAGCAGACUGAACUAUAAAGAGGAUCUUAAUACAAUCUGUGGUAUGUUAUAGUGAUAUGGGUGUUCUUUAUUGGUAUGACUUUAAUCAAAUGGAGGAUGUUCUGAGACACACUGAUUUAACUUGUAAGGUUAUGAAUAUAAAAACAACAAUCUACUAUUAAGUACUUUUAAUGACACCACCAUUAUAUGCCAAGUUGUAGGAUCCAAGAGCGGAGCAAAAAGUGUUUGUAAACCUGUUGAUGCACUUAGAAUGGUGGAUUUGUUUUUCAUUUGUCAUACGUAUGAAAUGUAAUCUUUGUUUUUUAUAUACAAUGAACAUUUUGUAAUCAGUCCUUGUCAUAUUUAAACUUAUUAAAAUAUAUAUUUUUUAUACUAUA